AUGAAAUUUACUAAAGUCAUCACUGCUGCUUGUAUUGCUUCUUCUGUUGAAUCUGCUGCUGUUCCAAACUUAGACAAGAGAGGAGGAGGAAGAUGGAAAGGUGGUGAAGAACCUUGCGAUACACCAAAGGCUCCAGCUCCAGUUCCAGUUCCAACCACCACUCCAUGUGAUACACCAGCUCCAGUUCCAACCACUACUUCUUGUGACACUCCAGCUCCUGCUCCAACUACCACUACUUGUGACACUCCAGCUCCAGCUCCAACACAAGUUACUACUUCUUGUGACACACCAAAUACUCAAGCACCAACACCAGCCACUACUACUUGUGAAACUUGUAAAACUAAUACUCCUGCUCCUGCUCCUUCUGGUAAUAAUGGCGGUGACAAAGGAGGUAAGAAAGGUGAUAAGAAAUGUGGUUCCGGGGAUGAUUGUGAUGAUGACGAUGGAAACGGAACCGAUAAUGACUCUGAUAAUGAUUCUGACAACGAUGCUGGUGAUAAUUCAGAUGACGACAGCGAUUGUGAUGAUGAUGGAAAUGGAACCGACAACGAUUCAGAUAAUGAUUCCGACAACGAUGCUGGCGAUCAUUCAGAUGACGACAGCGAUUGUGAUGAUGAUAAUGGAAACGGCACUGACAAUGAUUCUGACAGUGAUUCCGACAACGAUGCUGGUGACAACUCCGAUGACGAUUGUUAA